CUCAUCACAAAUUCAAUUUGAAAAAGACUCCUAACAACAAUACCCACCUUCUAUACCUUCCUUACAUACAUAUAUAUCUUCACAUACAUACCCUCUUCUCUAUCAUAUAAUCUUCUCAUUCCUCUCUCUCUCACACACAAUGUCUUCCAACAAGAAAGGAAUCAUGAGAACAAUACUACUCUCAUCAAAUGGUGGUUGCGGCUGCGGUAAACAGAAACCCUCUGAGGUUCACCAACCCGCCCCAAAACCUAAGAUCUCCGUGUAUCAGACCACAAACCCUAGCACUUCCUCCACCACUUCCGGCGACCCCGCUGACGACGAGGACUUCACCUCCACCACCAUCUCCGACACCGAAACUCAUCAUCAGGACUACAGCAAUAAUAACAAGGGCCUUAUUGCGAAGAAUAAUAAUGUAAGUAGUUCAUUCACGAAACCUAACCCUAAAAUCGUUGAUAGCAUAGCGGUUGAGAAGGAAUCCACCGAUCCUUAUAGGGAUUUCAGGUAUUCAAUGCUUCAAAUGAUCCUUCAGAAAGAGAUCUUCUCCGAAUCGGGUCUUCAAGAGCUUCUACAAUGCUUUCUGGAGCUGAAUUCGCCAUGUCAGCACCAAAUCAUUGUUCAAGCAUUCAUGGAGAUCUGUGAAGAGACCUUCCCUAAGAAGUUCUGUGAUGGUGAACCCUCUUCCAGAAAGUAGUUAGCUAGCUUCAUUAUUGGGUGAAUGACGAUGAUUGAUAGCUUCUUGUGAGACAACAGAUUCUGUCCCUGAUUCCAAGCCUCAACUUC